UAGUAACGAUGAAACUUCUCAUUUUAAUAACCUCGUUUUCGACCGUUCUAUCAUUACUAAAUGACGCAAUCGAAACCCAAGAUUCUCAAUUAUUCUUCGUUUAUCUAGGCAUAAACGAGGAAAUACAAGUCGAGCAGUUGCUCGCUCCCAUCGAUUCAUCGUUCACCUCCAACGAUAUCAUCUACUACUUCUACAGCAAAUCGAAUCCCACGAACGGUAUUAAAAUUCGCAGCUACGACAGCAGCGCCGUGCGAUUCACCUCUUUCGAUAAUACCAAAAGAACCAUUUUCUCCAUCCACGGAUGGAAAAACAACGCAACAUCAGAUGUCAACAACUACAUCAAAGAUAACGUCCUCAAGAACCACGACGUGAAUGUCUUCGUGGUCGAUUGGGGCGCCAUAGCCGAUAAGAAUUACAUUUCGGCCAAAGAGUGCGUUCCCGGCGUCGGGGCGGCCGUCGCGAGUUUCAUCAAAGAACUCAUUUCCAAGUACGGCUUGAGCCUGGAUCGACUCACCAUUGCAGGACACUCGCUCGGCGCUCACGUGUCAGGAUGCGCAGGCAAAGCUCUAAACUCUCAAGUCGAUACCAUUGUCGGUUUGGAUCCAGCCGGUCCUCUUUACAGCGCGCUCAUCUUGGAAAACCGACUGGAUAAAUACGAUGCCCGUUUCGUGCAGAUUAUCCACACUAACGCCGGUCAGCUGGGCUUCGAUGGGAAUUUGGGCGACGCGGAUUUUUAUCCGAACGGUGGAAAAACGCAGCCGUACUGCAAUUUCGAUGUAACGGGUUCCUGCUCGCACGGCAGGUCAUACAGGUACUACGCGGAGUCGUUCAAUAACGAUAAUUUCGUGGCCAGAAAGUGCGAUGACUAUCUCAGGUUCGAGAGUGAUAAAUGUGAUGGAAGAACGUCCGUAAUGGGAACCAUAAGUGUUGAUAAAAGUGCUACAGGAGAGUAUUAUUUAAAUACACUCGGCGAAGAGCCCUGGGCUGAAGGGUAAACAGAAGUACCACAAUUUAAUGUACUUACUCGUUUAAUAAUUGUU